ACAAUUUAUAUGUUACUAAUAUUCAUUUUUCAUUCUAUGGUUUGGAAGGAAGUUGGCCAUUACAACAAUGUGUAAUUCAUCCUUAAAGACACUGAUCCAGUCCAGCCUGGACGUGCUUCUCUGAGCUACAAUGGCCGACACAUCAGACUACAUUAGGGGUGGAGCCUUUGUCCUGCUGUUCCUGUUGACUGGCCUGAGAGACCUGAACACAUGGCUGGUGGCAGAUCUCGUCUUCACUGGGUUUACUGGUUUCUUGCUUUACUUGAACCCAGCAUGGACAAUUACUCUCCAGACCAAAGAUUUGAAAGUGGACGUCAUUCACGGACAAUUGAACCGACUUUUUGCCUCCUUCCUGCUUGGUCCGCUGUUGUUAUGGUUAUUGAGAAGGAAGACAGAGGACUCUUCCAUUAAGACCACAAUGCUUGUUUCCAGAGCAAUGGGGAUCAUGGUGCUUCUGGUUGUCAUGGGGAUUGGCCAGCUGUCAUAUGGCGAGAUUUUCACAGACAAGCAUUUUUGGUUUGGAUUUCUGGGUAAUAUUCUGUGGUGUGUGGCAAACAUAUUUCAACUGGUGAAGAAUCGCCCAGAACUUCACGGUGUGAGGCAGUCAAGGGGGAUCACUCUACUCUCCCACAUCAACAGCUGGAUCCUCCUCCUGUUGUCACUGUCACAUCUAGCUUUCCCAAAUGCCAUGUGUAAAGUUCAGGGAAGGCGAGUAGAUAAAUACCACAUUCACACCACUCGCUCAGCAGGUGCCCUGAUGAUGGGGUGGUGCAUUCUCACGUGGCUCUCCCCGCGGUUCCAGAAAAAGGAAGAUGUUCGGAUUGUUUACUUGGCCCAAUUACUGAUAUGGGGUCUGAGUGAGGGUACGUACCUCAUCCUCCACUUCCAGUCCGGACUGACGACAAAUCAGGAGCUGGCCGUGAGAUUGACGACGUUUUUACCGUUAUUUCUUCUAGCUGUGGUUGGAGUGUAUCUGUGUUCAAAGACAACUUCAUCCAACACCGAGGAAAAGAAAGAUCAAUAGCGUUCGUGACUGUAAUUUUGUGUGUUUUCUAAUCUGAGCUGUGAUUUUUUUUCUACCCAAUAUCUAUAGGUGUGCAUGCAAGUUCGUGAAUGUGAUAUAUAUCAUCUGAUAUCUAAUAUUUGUAUAUUUUAUGUGACAUUGUUUGAACAGGUAUUAUUGGCAUUAAUGAACCAUUACAACUGGAUACAAGUUAUGAAUCUUAAAUUUUAUUAUAAAUAUACUACUUUAUCCAAAAUAUUUUAUGAAUAGAGUAUAUGUUCAAAAUAAAAAUUUCAUUAUGCAUCCUUGAUAGGACUUUUAAGAAUCUUCAUCUUGUUCAUUCAUGACAAAGCAAUAUCAAAAUGGCCAUCAUCUCCAUGUAUCAAAUGCUCAUGAAAAAGCAAUGAUUUCAAAAUAUUUGCUCAAGUACAAGACAUUUACAUUUCAUUUUUCCAAUUUAUUAUUUUACUUGAUAUCGUGUUGAAGUUCGUACUUGAAAUGUGAUUUAAGUUUGUAUUGAGGUGUAUUUUCAAUAAAUGUUGUCAAUGCAAAA